AUGGUGAAGAGCUUUGUGUAUACAUCCUCUAGCACUGCCUCUUUCUCGCCAGUUGCGGACAAGAAGAUGAAAAUCACAAAAGACAUGUUCAAUGAAGCCGCUAUGGAGGCAGCCUACAAGCCGACGGCGAGUUCUUUUGAAGUUUAUGCUGCUAGCAAGACUGCAGCUGAGAAGGCGUUGUGGGAAGCGGUCAAAGCGAGCCCGCCAAGCUUCCAAGUCGCCACAGUAUUACCAGAUGUCAACUUCGGCCGGAUUCUGAAACCGAACGACAACAGCACUGGCAAUUGGAUCCCUGACUUGUAUGCCGGAAAUGAAUUUCCAAUGGGAGACUUGGCGCAGUGGUUCGUUGACGUCGAAGAUGACGCGAAGUUGCAUGUGGCUGCUUUGAUUGAUCCGGAGUGUGAUGGACAGCGAAUCUUUGCAUUUGCAGAACCGUACACUCGGAAUGAUAUGUUGGCGAUAUCUUCAGGAAGCUGA